AUGAUUGCUGCGCGAAAGGGAGACAUUGCCCAUUUAGCCAAGUUGCUUCAAAACAGAGAGUUACUCAAAGAGCAGGACUCUCAUGGCUACACUCCUCUCUUUUAUGCAGUCAGUGGACGUCACGUGGAUGCGGUUCGUUUCUUACUGGAAGCCGGUGCUUCGCUUCGUCACCAAGCGGCUCAAGGAACGACCGUAUUGAUGUACGCCAUCUUCAACAGCAACGAGCCGUGCAUGGAGUGCCUCUGCACCUACGCUUCUCGCCAACAGCAGCAACAACAACAGAGACAGCAACAGAAACAACAACAACAACGUGGUCAGCAUGGUCAGCAUGGUCAGCAUGGUCAGCAUGGUCAGCAUGGUCAGCAUGGUCAAAGUGGUCAACUUGGUACCUCCAAUACCUCCAAUACCUCCAGUUCCUCCUGCUUGGAUUGGACGGCGGGCAGCUACGCGGAGGACGCGUCGUUCGUUCCCCUGUGCCUUGGCUCGCACUCCUCGCCUCCCCGUCUGAUCGAUCCGCCCAUCAACCCUCUCCUCUCCUUCCCCCCGCUCUCCUCCUCCGCCUCGCCUCCCUCCCGCUGCUCCCUCUCCCCUCCUCUCUCCGCCUCCGCCUCUCCUCCGCUCUCCGCCUCUCCUCGCCGCGUCCUCGACCUCCAGAACACCGACGGGCUCACCGCCCUCAUGCUCGCCUGCAAGGCCUCCUCCGCCUCCUUCUGCGAGAUCCUCCUUCGCCACGGCGCCGACGCCUCUCUCCGCGACUUCUCCGGCCAGCCCGCUCUCGCCCACGCGCUCGCGCACAACGCGGGCGACUGCGUCCAAUCGCUCCUCCGCCACGCCGGCUUCAUCGACACGCGCUCGCGCGCCAGCCCGCACGGCGCGCUCUUCACCGCCGCCCAGCUCAACGAGCCCGCCGUGCUGCGUCUGCUCGCUCUGCGCGCGCCCUUCCUCCUCCAGUUCCUCCGCGAGAUCGCUCAGCGCCCCGCGCGCCGCGAAGAAAUCGCCGUCGAGGUCGCGCUGCGCGACGAGCUUCCGCGCCUCCCCGACGCUCCGCGCGCCCAGCUCGCCGCCGUCUGCGUGCGGCAGGCGCAGGACUGUCUCGGCCGGCUGCUGGCCGUCGCCGAGCGCCGCGCCGAUCGGCGCUUCCGCGGGAGUCUCGCGGGUCUGGCGGGCUGCGCGAAGUGGUGCAUCAAGAUGGCCAAGGUGCUCUCCAAGGACCCCCAAUUGCCCGAUUUCGAGCCUUUUUGGGCCCAUAUCGAGCAGAUGGUCCGCAACCAGGCCGCGCCUUCCCCGCGGGGAGGCGAGUCGGAGGCGUCCAGCGGGAGCUCCGAGGAAGGCGCGGCGAACGGGGAUGCCUGCGGACUCGCGGGGGAGUCGCGGCGCGAGGGCAAAUUGCGCGGGAAAUCGGCUUCGCGGCUGCUGCUGUCGUUUCUGGAGAUUUACACGCUGGCACAUUAUCGACUCGCUCCCCGCGGGGAUGGAACCGAGGAACCGAGGGAGGCGCUGAGUCGGCUGCAGUCGGUGGACUCGCUGGACCCGCGGUUAAUAGCGUGUUUUUGCGAGAAUCGUGAGUAUUUGCGGUAG